AUGUUCUUGGAAACCGCGGCUUUUGCCCGCCAGCUGCGAAUCAUUCAUUCAGAACCGGAUGGUAUUUUCAGUCCAGGUAUUCUCUUUCAACCUGGGUAUACUUUGUACCCGUUUGAUACGAAAUUUAGUACCUGGGCAGCUAAUGAAGGGUUGAGGUUUUAUGAGGCUUGGCCUGGCUUGGUGUUUGAUUCCCUCGCCAUGGGCUUCGACCGUUCUUCUCAACCUCUUUAUUCCGGACGUUUGGCUCAGUCCUUAGAGGGUGCCGGAAAGCGGCGUUUGUUUGUAAUCGGUAACUGGUUUAAACAACGUCUGUUAUACCCCGUGCAUGUGUGGGGUAUGUCUGUUCUGAGGCGUAUUCCACAAGACGGUACCUUCCAUCAAGAAGGUCCUAUCCAUCGUCUGGCAAAGAGACGCCCAAGAUUUAUAGCAAGUUUUGACUUGAGCGCUGCCACCGAUCGGUGGCCCGUUCCAGUCAUAUAUGAGCUUAUGGCGUGCCUUUUCGGUCAAACGAUGGCAUCGUGCAUUGUCAAUGGUGCCUUAGCACUCAACUCAUGCUCUUUGAAGUCCGUUACUGGACGGCAUGACGAAGUUGUGUUUGUUGCAGGUCAACCUUUGGGUUAUUACGGCUCCUGGGCUCUAUUCGCGUUGUCCCACCAUGCUAUUGUGUGGUUGGCAGCAUUACGAGCAUAUCCUCAUCAGACGAGACCAUUUCUCGACUACGCUUUGUUAGGUGAUGACAUCGUCAUUGCCGAUCGUAGUGUGGCUAAGGAGUACCGUUCUCUACUUGAUGCUUUGCAAGUAGAUAUAUCUGAUGCCAAGUCUAUUGUAUCUGAGACGGGUUGUCUUGAGUUCGCCAAGCGGUUCUGGGUUAAGAUAAUGUCGAAGGACUUAUCCCCAGUAUCUGCGAAAGCUGUGCUUGAGAGCUACUUCCUCGUUGGUACUCAGCAGUUGGCCUAUAAGUACAAGUUAAGUCCUAAGACUUGUUUAAGGUUAAAUAAAGCUGGAUACCGCGUGCUAGGACAAAUGGACACUAAGGCCCUAUCCCGGCGUUUUAGUCGGAUUCAGGCGUUAUCUAGUAAGCUUUUAGUCGGUCCUGAUCGGUUACCACUCGAGUGGUGGAUUGGAAGAGGAUUACCUCUCAGUCCCUAUCUUCGUGGUGUGUUAAUUGCAAGGAUUCGGGAUGGGAUGAAGCUUAAGCAGCUCACGCCCCCUCCCUUGGAGAUGUUCCUUUGUGGAGAGCCAGAAGCACAUAUCGCAGAAAACACCGCUUAUAGACAUUGGAUGAACAAUGGUGUGAGUACGUGGUAUGGUUUGACUUCGUUCCUCGUCGUGCCCCUUCCCACCUAG